AUUCUAUGCGCGCAGUUUGAUUGCGAUUGCAAAGGAAGUCAGUUGCACAGAUUAAAUUGCUCAACUGGAAACAUAUCAGACGGAACUGUUGAAAUUAUCCCGCAAGUUGUAAAAUGUUCCGUUCUUUAAUUGCAGAACUCCCCAAUGUGAUUAAGAAGUCUCCUUCAAAGGGUGUGAAAAAUUAUGCAACUGAGGCGACGUUUGAAGUCAAACCAUUUAAACUCCAUAAUCUUCAGAGCGGCCCACCCACUUCGGGUAAGUUAACAAAGGAUGAAGCAAUCAAAUACUACACGGAAAUGCAAACCAUCCGUCGUCUGGAAACAUCUGCCGGAAAUCUGUACAAAGAGAAAAUCGUGCGAGGAUUUUGCCACCUGUACUCCGGCCAGGAAGCUUGUGCUGUUGGCAUGAGAGCUGCCAUGAAACCUCAAGAUAAUAUUAUUUCUGCCUAUCGGGUUCACGGUUGGACUUACUUAAUGGGUGUGAGCGUCAAAGGUGUGCUAUCGGAAUUGACUGGUAAACAAGGCGGUUGCGCCCGUGGAAAGGGUGGAUCCAUGCAUAUGUACGCUCCUAAUUUUUACGGAGGAAACGGAAUAGUUGGUGCUCAAGUGCCUCUUGGAGCCGGUGUGGCAUUGGCAUGUCAUUACAAAGGCAACGGAGGCAUGUGUCUGGCUCUUUACGGUGACGGAGCGUCCAAUCAAGGGCAAGUUUUCGAAGCCUAUAACAUCGCUCAUCUUUGGAAGCUGCCGUGUAUUUUUGUUUGUGAAAACAAUGGCUAUGGUAUGGGAACCAGUGCCAGUCGCUCGUCGUGCAAUACCAACUAUUUCCAAAGAGGAGAUGUGCUGCCAGGCCUUUGGGUUGAUGGUAUGGAUGUUGUGGCUGUCAAAUUGGCCACUGAAUUUGCCAGGGAUUAUGUUACCAACCAUGGUCCUCUAGUUAUGGAAGUCUUCACUUACAGAUACUCGGGCCAUUCAAUGUCUGAUCCAGGAACGAGCUACCGAACACGUGACGAAGUACAGGAAGUUCGCCAGACCAGAGAUCCAAUUUCAUCUUUCAAAGAUAAAAUUAUAAACGCUGGACUGGUGGCUGCGGAUGACUUGAAGAAAAUCGACGCAGAGAUCAAAAAGAUUGUCGACGAGGCAACUAAAGCGGCCAAAGGGGACAGCGAAAUCGCGGUCGCUGAACUAUCUACCGAUGUUUACGCAAGUAACUUGGAGGGAGACAUUAGAGGUGCGGCGCCGAAUUCAUGGCUAAAACAUGGCAGCCUGAAACGAGCUGUGAACUUAAAGUAAUUUCGUUCUGCAUGUCACUGGACAUUUGUUGACUAUUAGUGGAAACAACAUUAAUAUUUAUUCUUUGUUUUUAUCAAAAAUAAUGCUGUUGACAAAUAAAUUUUCCACUAAAUGAAAAA